UUGUACUAUAAGCCCAUCCAUGCCCAAUUACUCUCAUCGCCGACUCCGACCCCGACCCCGACCCCGACCAGCCGGCUGCCAUUCCCCGUGGCCGCCCGGCGCUCUGCUGCAGCUCCCUGAGCUGGCGGCCGCUACCCCACGGCUGCUCAGCUCACGGUCGUCUCGGUCCUGGCCCCUUGCCGCUGCCGACUGACACCCGGCACCUGAGCAGGGGCGUUUGUGUUCCCAUUCCGAGCGACCGGAUUCCUGCUGCUCCCUCUUCUAUACCCGAGCCCGUGCUGCGCCCGCACCUGCUCCCUCUCCGGCAGCCUGUGGGUCUCUCAGCUCCCUCCCCAACCGUUUGCUCCUUGUUGCUGCUGUAUCAUCAUUGGACAGCUUCAAAAGAUAUGCGAACUACCCUUUGGGAGUAUGAUGCUGAGGAGGAUACUAUUCACUGCCCAUGCGAGCAGAGCCCUCCAAUUGAUCGCCAGGCUCCCGUGUUACUCUCUUUGCACAAUUGGGUCUCACGGAGGAGUGAUCAUUGACUCCAAGAACUCAAGCAAUGGUGAUUCUGAGUCUGAGAGAGAGUCCGAGUGGGAAAAGUUACUCAAACCUUUCGACCUCGAAGUACUGCAGGAGUCGCCAGUUAAGCUUUCCCCGUAUCAGCUCUGUAAGCUGCUUCUGCUCCCAGUUGAUGUGACUGUCGCGCUGGAGCUGUUUGAAUGGGCCGGCACCCAAAAAGGUUACUGCCACACGUACGAUGUGUAUUAUGUUUUGAUCGAUAAGCUCGGUGCCUCGCAGGAGUUUAAGGUCAUUGAUAGCUUCUUGUUACGAAUGAAGGAGGAAGGGAUUGUUUUCAGAGAGUCCCUCUUCUUGAUGAUCAUGAAACAUUAUGGGCGAGCAAAUCUUCCUGGGCAAGCAACUAGGUUGCUCUUGGAUAUGAGGAGUGUUUAUGCUUGUGAGCCAACUUUUAAGUCUUACAAUGUUGUGCUGGAGAUUUUGGUCACAGGAAAUUGCCCGAGGGUUGCACCUAACGUAUUCUACGAGAUGCUCAAUUUAGGAGUUUCCCCUACUGUUUACUCUUUUGGGAUUGUGAUGAAGGCCUUCUGCAUGAUUAAUGAAGUUGAUUCCGCAUGCUCCCUCUUGAAGGAUAUGACAAAACACGGAUGUGUGCCCAAUUCGGUAAUCUACCAGACCCUAAUUCACGCACUUUACAAGAGCAAUAGAAUUGAUGAAGCUUUGAUAUUUUUUGAGGAGAUGUUUCUGAUGGGAUGCACCCCCGAUGUUCAGACAUUUAAUGAUGUGAUACACGGCCUCUCUAAGGUCGACCGAAUUCGUGAGGCAUUGAAGUUGUUUGAUCGAAUGCUCAGUCGUGGAUUUACCCCCGAUGAUACCACUUAUGGAGUCUUGAUUCACGGGUUAUGCAGAGUCGGCAGAGUUCAAGAGGCAAGAGAGCUAUGGGAUAAAGUUCCCAGCCCCAAUUUAGUUAUUUUCAACACCAUGUUAAAUGGGUAUGUGAUGAGCGGACUAUUUAAUGAAGCCAAUGCUCUGUAUCGGACCUUGUCAUACACUAGCUGCAAGCCCGAUGUAUUCACUUUUAACAUUAUGAUCAGUGGUCUUUGCAAGAAGGGCCAUUUAUCUUCAGCUCAUGAACUGUUUAGUGACAUGAUGAAGAAAGGCUGUGAGCCCAACAUGGUCACAUACACGAUUUUGAUUGAUGGCCUGUGCAAGGGAGGCCGAUUAGAUGAGGUCGAUGAUCUUCUUUGUAGGAUGAGAUCUAAGGGAAUUAGUCUGAAUACAGUGGGAUACAAUUGCCUGAUAUGUGCUUUUUGCAGAGAGCGGAAUAUUCAAGAAGCCCUGAAAUUGUACAGUGAGAUGUUGAGCAGAGGAUCAAAGCCUGAUAUUUACACAUUUAAUUCUCUAAUAUUUGGAUUAUGUAAGGAGGACGAGAUUGAAGAAGCAUUAAAAUUAUAUCGUGAUAUGUUACUAGAAGGUGUGACUGCUAAUACUGUAACCUAUAAUGUGCUGAUUCAGGCUUUUCUGAGGAGAGGAGAGAUCCAAGAAGCUCUUAAGCUUGUGAACCAAAUGUUAUUCAGAGGAUGCUCUCUUGAUGACAUAACUUACAACAGUCUAAUCAAGGCCCUCUGCAGAGCUGGGGCUGUUGACCGAGCAUUGGGAUUGUUUGAAGAAAUGAUGAGGAAAGGGCUUAAGCCCAAAAUUAUCCCUUGCAAUAUUCUUAUCAAUGGGCUAUGUCGAGUCGGGAGAGUAGGAGAUGCCCUGGAGUUCUUAAGGGAUAUAAUCCACCGUGGUCUGGUUCCUGAUAUAGUCACCUAUAACAGCCUUAUAAACGGACUAUGCAAGAAUGGCAGGGUCCAUGAGGCUUCAAAUCUCUUUGAAAGACUCAAGCUUGAAGGAAUUUGCCCAGAUGUGGUUACUUAUAACACUCUGAUUAGUUGCUAUUGCAAGGAGGAAAAAUUUGAGGAUGCCUGUUCUCUGUUCAAAACUGGAGUAGAGAAUGGAUUCGUGCCUAAUGAGUUAACUUGGCAUAUUUUGGUGGGCAAGUUCCAUAGAGAGAGUAAGAGGAGAAUCACAACAUUCCGUGAGCAAGUUCUUGUAGAAGCUUUGGUUAUUGAAAGCAGAUAGUCAGUUGAGCCAUUUGUCCACAGAUGUUGCAGUAGUUGACAGCAACGGUGGGUAGCUUUGUUCGAACAGUUUUCAAAGCAAUUGUCUAGGAAGCAUACGAGUCAGGUGCAUCUAUCUUGUCCAAGAAUUUCAGAUGGCAAAUGGAUGCAUUGAUCCAUUGAAGAGGAACUCGAAUAAGAGAGUACUGCUGAUGCCAUAAGUGUAUUGAUAAGCUACCUUGGAAUGCUUUUGGGGCUUCGCCAGUCUUUCUGGCAUUAUACUUUUGCUCUCUGUUCUUGGAUCAGUAAGAUUUAUCAAUGUCGUUAGGAUGAAUCUGAACUCAUCAUUGGAGUUGUAUCCGUCCUGGUUCUUCCGAAGUAUGGCAGUGGUGAGUCCAACAAGGAUACAAGAUAUGGGUUGGGUUCCAUAGUGACCUCUUGACAGGGCAAAAUUUUCACGUGUGGUUUUGACAGAUCUGCGUUCAUUCAGAGAAAAGCCCUGUGCUGAUGCUUAUGAUCAGGUUUUGAACUGAUAAGCAUGUACUGUUAGACCAUGUCAUCUUUCUUGCUCUUUUUACUUUUUGAAAAAGAGUAUACUGAUUGUUUUCACAAUAUCCCUCUCUCUUCAUGCUUUCAUCUCGCGAGAUGGUGGCUUGAAUUUCUUCUUCUCAUUGAACAUAUAGAUUCCCGGUCGCAGCUAGAUGCGAUUGGCAUCAACAAGGCUCAAUUCCUUUGAGGUGUGCCAUAUGAUUUUUGCCGAGAAGAUGCUGAUCAAGAUGGCAAGAUCAUUGUAAUUGCUGGUCUUGAUGGUGUGACUAUUUAAGGGAGCCCAUAAACCCUUGCUAGUUACAAUUGACCCCAUAUUUUUCUAGUUGAAUUCUUCUCUUAACUCUUACGCUCAAUCUAUCUAGGUUCCUUCUCAAUUUGAACAAAUGCAGUUCUGAAUCGUUUCUCAGGAGUAGCUUCAGUUCUGCGCUUUAUGUAAUGCCUCCAGCUGAUUUCCUCACUAAAUUAAAUUCCCGCUGCGAACUCUGUGGUAAACAAGCUAUUUUCACCCUGAGAAAGAGCAAUGAGAUGCAGAAAGAACUGAUCGGCAGGGCCGGUGUUCACUAAGUAGGUGGACAGGCGUAGACCACGAGAAGCUCCCUUUAAGAAUCUCAGCAGUCCCAGAUGGUCCAUUGUGGAUGAUAUUACAGAAUUAAGCUUCGGGACUGCUCAUCUUUAUUCUCGGAUUCCUCAGCUAUUGCAAUUUAUGUCUGAGGUGUUUCAGAUGCUUUGGUGUACUAUUAUUGCCGUAGGGAGGCCUUCUGUAAAUAGGCAAAUAUCACGGGUUAUGCCUUUAAAUCGGUGCCGGCAAGAAUAGGGAGGAUCAAGGUUGUGAGCAUAUUUUGUAGUUAGAGGUUUCUUCUCAAACUUAGGCCCUGCUGCUGGAAUGGAUCGUGUUCAGCUUAAGAGGACUUCUUUAGCAUAGCUUUGGGGAUUAGUGGGGAUGCAGCGAAGCCGAUCCUGUCCGCAAACAAAUUGAGUUCGACUCGACAAAAACUUGAACUUGACUUGAUGUUCUACAGCUCGAGCUUUUCGAGUUUCUAUACGGUAGAAUCAUAACCCUAGAGCAACAUAUAUAUCACAUAUAUAUAUGGGUUCUAUCUAUGAUAUGCAUUUAUUUUUUGAA